AAUACAUAACUAGUAUUGUACCAAGUCAAGUAUAUUAUAUAAUAUGACAGAGACGUAUAGUCUCCACGGUUAAUACAUUCAGUUUGGAUAUGAUAUGUGUAUCUCAUUCUUAAAAUCAAAAAAUACCGCGAGGAUUUGUAUGUUGACAGUUUCCUAUUUGCCGAAGACGCCGCCUUUGUAGAUACGUCACCGGAAGAGCUUCAGAGUAUGGUAGAAAAAUUUAAUGUGGCUUGCAAACUCUUUUUAUGUCGAUUAAUGUCAAAAAGACAGUCGUAAUGACUCAAGGCUUAAAUCAAGAUCCAACCAUACAGUUGGAUGUUUUGACUCUGGAAAAUGUUGGAAAUUUCUGUUACCUUGGAUCAACCGUGACCAAUAAUCUCUCGCUGGAUGCUGAGAUUAAUUUUCGUAUUGGUAAGGCCUCCACAAUUUUCGGAAGGCUCAGUACUAGAGUAUGGGAUAAUAAACAUCUAAUCAUAAAUACGAAGAUGAUUGUUUAUCAGACAUGUAUUAUAUGUCCAUACUUUUGCACGGUUUUGAAACUUGGACGUCAUAUGCUAAACAGGAACGGAAAUUGAACAACUUCCAUAUGCGCUGUCUUCGAUGCAUUUUAAAUUUCUCGUGGAAGGAUUGAGUCACAAACGAGAAGGUACUUAGCAUCGCACGUUUACCCAGUAUCACCGCAGUCUUGAAACAGAGACGCUUACGGUGGUUGGGGCACGUGCACAGGAUGGAGCCCUCUCGUUUGCCACGUAAGACUCUCCUGAGCGAAGUAGCGCACGCGAAACGACCGGUUGGGCGACUAAUGCUUCGUUUUAAGGAUAGCGCAAAGCGAGAUAUUUUGUCCUUCCGGAUCGAUCCCAUCGACUGGGAAAGGGAGGCUGAAGACCGCGAGCACUGGAGGAAGAUCCUGGGAGAUGGAGUAGUUGCACACGAUGAAGCAUGGCUUAAACUAGGUGAGAACUGAGACACCAGCGCGCUGAUUUCCCACCAUCGUCACCGGGCAUGGCAUUCUCCUGCCCGCUAUGCGGUCGCGGCUGCCGCUCGCGAAUUGGACUUACUAGUCAUUUACGUAAGUGCCGUAAUGUUAUGGGCGCUGUUUAAACCAUCAUUUAAUUGAUGUUAAAGAGGAUUUAUAAGGUUCCCAGGGUCUGAGAAAGAAAAAAACACAAUAAUAAUUAUAUUAAUAAGAUUUGGAGGUGUAAAGGCUCUCCAAGUGUCCAGGACCAGGACGUCUAAAUCAUAGUACAAACUCAGUUUUAUUACCUCCUCUAAAUCACUAACCAUAAAACCGCUGACGCCAUUAAUAUGAUUGUAUUUCACUUUCAACCUCUUCAGUAAAUACAAAAGACAUUUCGACUAUUACAUUGUCCUGAACAACAUUUCACCUGUCUUAUAAACAUGGCUUUUCCCAGAACUUGCGAAAAACCCCACCUCUCACCACGUAAACCAAAUUUCGUUAUGGCAUAUAUUUAUGGCCCAAUCUCGCUUGGCACGACCUUGCCGAAUGUAUACCAAUAACAGUGACGUCAUUUAACAGGCUUUACCCACUAGCUAUCUUAUAGAACACUGUGUCACACUGUGCCAAACGUUAAAUCAAAAAUCCAAAACACAAUCAUUUUAAGCUAUUAGUUGGAAAUCAGUGUGUUCGAUGCGUUACGUCUGACAUACAUUUAAUUUUCUACCUUAUCACAAUCAUCAUAAAGUCUACAUUGCACGCGUCAUAUUAUCACGUAGUUUACUUGAAUAUAGAUUCUAUCCUGGUUUGUUAAGGUUGAAAAUCAAAAUAUAAAAUGGUGUGUCAUUCCCAACCUAAAAAUUCGCUACGUUUCACCUGUGUCGUCUGCUACGUUUCACCCAGUGCUCAGUGGUUUCAAUUUCAGCUGCCCAUUUCGUGCUGUGAAUACUCGAAAUUGAACCGAUUUCUGUAGGUUAUUAAGUUCAUUUUUUAUUUUAGUAAUUUUUAUACGUAAAUAGUGUUACUUCUCUUAACAUGUUUUGAAAUGUUUUGGUUUAGUUCGGGAUUUUGCAGUGCUAAAGCUUGGUUCUUCGUAAGCAAAAAGUUCUUCGUUAUUUGGGUAUUUGAGGUAGGCUAAAAGCCGAACCUAAAGCGAAAAGAGUUGUGAUUUGAAUUCAAGUGCAUAGUAUUAAAAUGGACGCCGGUAUUAUAGUAGCCUUGCUAAGUUUGACAGCCAUCGGGAUGACGGUCGUCUGCCUUUACAUAUGCUUAUGCAUGCAUCCAUAUGAACACAGACAAAAAGGCGUCAACAGAACCCCUCGCGAAAACCAUGAAACCAAUGCAUCGGCACCAGAAGAAGCCAGUCAAUUUCCUUCAAACAUUGGUCAAGAAUUCAACCACCUUUUCACGAACAAUAACCAGAAUAUCCACCUUGUUAACUACAACACGACCACCCUUGCGACUAUAUUUGGUCAAAGGUGCUCCACCAAUACUGAAGAUCUCAACCAAUCUCAUAUUGGCUGGUCGCCUAGAAUCGAUUAUAGUUUCCAUCAGCCUUCUACUAGCUAUGAUGAUGGCUCCUCGUUAGAUAGUUAUAUUAGACCUCCAAGAGUGGAGACCCCGCCACCUAGCUAUUCUGAAGCUACAAGAGGUUACACUACGUUUCAGCAUAACAAUGUAGAAGCCCCUAGUGGGUCAGUAGAUGAUUCAAUAUAUAGAGAUCCUAGAGGUGGUGAUAGAACAAGUUCUGAUGAGGAAAGGAUCAGGGGGGUUUGUACAGGUGAAUGUCAAUGUGGUGGUGCAGAUCAUAUACAACUUACAUUUUGAAAUUGAAAGACAUCUUUAUGAAACAAUAAUAUCACUACAUAUAUUUACUGAAAGACCAAAAAAAACCCUCAAGAACAAUCCAGUUUAUAUGCACGAGUAAGAUAUCCAACGCAGUCUUCGCCGUGUGGCUACAAAUGGAAUGUAGAAUGAAAUCACUAUGCACAGAGCUGUUAACUUUUAUCUCCCGAAGUGAUAUUUGAAUUAAGUAGGUGUAUUUGAGUACACUUCAUAAAUAAAUGUGCCUUUUAUUCUUGUGUGUGUAAAAGAAAAAUAUGUAUAUGAAAUAGUAUGAGAUUGUGUAUGUAAAUUUUGUGUCAAUUGCUUUUAUUUAUAGUUAUACACAACCACCUAUAUUAACUUGGGAUUUACAUACAAAUUGAUGUCAAUUUGAUCUCAUUUUGUUAUUAAAAAACCAACCCACUGAAAAGCACUUAAUAUUU